UUCCCUGCUCUUUCCUCCUCCUGCAGGCUGCUCUCAUACGCACGCACACACUCAAGACGCAUGCACACACUUAUACAAGCACUUUUAAACCUAUAAGACACAGGACAUACUCUAACAUCCUCUUACUUAUAAUCUGCAGACACACACACUCACGCAACUAGAAGCAUUUACAUUCCAAGUUCACACCCGAGGCAGUCAGACACUCUCUUUACCCAACACUUAUUUCUCUUUUACAAAACCUGAUACAAGACAAAAAAAUGAAGACAACUGUAUUCUGCAUUUGUGCUAGUCUCCUGUUCACAGCUGCCUUGGUUCCACGAAGCAGUCGAGCAGCAGACUUCUCUAUUAACUCUCACCAGCGAUGGGAUGCUGGAGGACCCUACAACCUGGGAUCCGAGUCUGAUACUCCUACCUUUUGCCCCAUGAAACUGAGACCCUCGGGCCACUGUGGAAGCUCCAGGGCUGGAUCAGAGGAUGGAGAGGACUGCCCCUACCAGCUCACCCUGCCUCCUCUCACCAUCCAGCUGCCCAAGCAGUUCAGGCUGCUGGAGAAGACAAUGAAGGAGCUGCAGAGCCUGAAGGAAGUGGUGAACAAACUGAAAAGCAGGUGCCAGGACUGCCGUGUGACACAGGAAAAUGGAGCUUUUGGAUAUCAGCAAGCGGACCAGGGACAGACACAGAGGGAUGCUGGAGAACGUGUGGGACUGGACCUGACAGCACAGGAGGUGCAAGGUGGGUCCAGCCCUGAGGAGAGGGGAGACAGGAUGGUUCCUGGAGCUGCUGUGGAUGGUACUAGGCUGGGGCAAGGUUCCAUUUUUGGGAAAAUUACACCAAGUCCAAGCAAUAUGCAGGAGAUGCAGGUGAAGCUGAAUAGGAUGUCAGCCAGCCUGCGCAAUGCCAGGAGCCAGAUCUCAGCACUGCAGGGUCGUCUGGAGGGGCUUAACCUGCUCAACGUGGACAACAUUAAGGCUAUGGUGGACAGACGAGUGGAAAACAUCACUGGAACGGUCAACAAGCUCAACUCCGACUGCGUCACACAAUGUCCAGUACAGACCAGUCCUCAAUUUAUUUUAGCCCCUCGGGACUGCUCAGACUACAACGCAUUGGAGGUGAGGAAGAAUGGUGUGUAUCGUGUGACCCCAGAUCCCCGCAAUGGGACAUUCGAGGUUUUCUGCGACAUGGAGUCCUUCGGAGGUGGUUGGACUGUGAUACAGCAACGUGUUGAUGGGUCUGUUAGCUUCAAUCGUACCUGGAAUGAGUAUAAAAAGGGCUUUGGGAACCUCAGAGGUGAAUUUUGGCUGGGCAAUGACCACAUCCACUUGCUAACAAAAGCCAAAGAUAUGAUUCUCCGGGUAGAUAUGGAGGACUUUGAGGGUGUCCGGGAAUAUGCAAAGUAUGAUGAGUUCUAUGUGGCUAAUGAAUACUUGCGCUACCGCCUGUCUGUCAGCGGAUACAGUGGGACAGCUGGAAAUGCCAUCAGUUUCAAUAAGCACUUCAACCAUGACCAGAAGUUCUUCUCCACCCCUGACCGUGACAAUGACAUGUAUCCCUCUGGAAACUGCGGUGCCUACUAUAGCUCUGGCUGGUGGUUUGAUGCCUGUAUGUCCGCCAACCUCAAUGGAAAGUACUACCACAAGAGGUACAAGGGAGUCCGGAAUGGGAUCUUCUGGGGAACAUGGCACAACAUGACGACAGAGUACUACCCUACCAACUACAGGCAGGCUUUUAAAACUGUCAAGAUGAUGAUACGGCCCAAAAACUAUGCUCCUUAAGAUGACAGGUCAAUAUCUUGAGUAUGGUGAGGCAUUUAAGGGAAAAAUGCCAAGAAAAUGAAAGAAACAGUACAUGAAGUCUCAUACAUUCUCCUGUAGUCAUGCAUUUGCACACAUGCAUACUUGUACACCAAAAACAUAAGCACUGUAGAUCUGGGGUGUCCAGAGUAGGUCCUCAAGGGCCGCUGUCUUACAGGUUUUGGAUGUUUCUUGCAACAGCACACCUGAAUCGGAUUAAUGGGUCAACAUGCUUGGACAGAAUUUGAUUACAAGCUGUUGAGGAGAGCCAUUUGAUUUAAAUCAGGAUCUUUUGGAGCAGGGAAACAUUUAAAACUUGCAGGACAGUGGCCCUCAAGAACUGGAGCGGGACACCCCUGCUGCAGACAAUUUGAAUGCAGUAUGAACAAAAAAAAUUGUGAAAACAUUACUGUGCUAUUACUUUUUCCACCCCUGUGAGCGUGGCCUUCAAAAUAGUGCCAAUAAAAGAUAAUGGCCUGUGAACAAUGAUAUAUAUAUAUAUAUAUAAAUAAAACAAAACAAAACAAAAAAAAAAACACAGAGUGUAAAGGCCAGCCUCCUACAGGGGCCAUUAUAUUACAUGGAAGGUUAGAAAGAGUGAUCUUUCACUAGUCUCUGACAUUUCUCCACUUUCUGUCCAGUUGCCUCCUGCUAUAAACCCUGCUGCGACACAGCGGAGCACAUAGUAGUAAUAAAAACUAAUGAGCUAUCAUUUUCUCUGCUGUAAAUGAUCUAAUAAUUAACAGGAACUACUCAAGUGAAGUAUAUGAGAAGCUGAUGAUACAGUUUUAUUUCUGAAAUUCGUUGUGAAAGACUUUCUGCUGGGGUCAAACCAGUUUCUAACCCUUGAGGGAAGCUUUGCACAAGUUAAAGUUCCUAUGCCACUUGUUUAAUUACACUGAGGCUGUUUGCUAAUGUAUCAUUAUCCUAAACAAUACAAAACAUCCCAGGAAAAAUGUGCAGCCUGAUAGAUUUCCCUUGAGUGCUGCCCACGCAUAUUCUAUAUUACUGAUGCUCUAGUAAAUUGCUCCUGACAGCAGGUACAGAGUACAGCAUUAAACAGUUUCAACCCUAUUUCUAGGUGCACUGAACUACUGGACACUUCUUUAUGUCAUACACCAGUUUGCAUCUGUAAAAUUCCCCUCCACUCACCAUGUGUACAAUACUGCUAUCUAAUGUUAAGAAACUGUAUAGCACCAUAUAAUCCAUUUUAUACACACUGUGAAUGGAAAAGAUAAAUGAGGGAUAUGUUUUACUUUAAGGAUGUGUACAGUAUUUAUUUUCUUUGUGAGGUAUGAGAACUUUUCUAUUAUACACUCUGUAGAUCAUUCAGUACAACGCCUAAUGAUUAUUGAUAGCUGAGCAUUGAUAAAGACUGUGCAUAACUGUGACCAUUCUUCGUAAAUAUACAUAUAUUUGGAGCUGUGUUUGUGUGUACCAUAUUGAUCUUUUCUAUUAUUCAUAUUCAUCUGUCAUUCCAAAAAAAAUGCACUUUUUUUUAUUAAAAAAUAAAGUUUAAACUACA